UUUUGUUGAGCUACCCAUUGACUUUCAUCUACGCACUCAUUUUCUUUUAGAUAGCCAAAACUCCUUUAGCACACGGACCACUCAAACUUGCAAUGGCUACUGACAACACGGAAAUAUCCCAUGAUUUUCCAAGCUUUUUCAAGGUCUACAAAGAUGGCCGCGUAGAGAGGUAUUGGAAUACUGACUUUGUUGAAGCAGGUGUUGAUACAGAAACCGAGGUCCAAUCCAAAGAUGUUGUGAUCUCACCGGAGGCCAACGUAAAGGCUCGUAUUUUCCUCCCAAAAAUCGACGGCCCAGCUAAAAAGCUCCCUCUUCUUGUCCACUAUCAUGGUGGUGGUUUUUGCUUAGGCUCACCAUUUGCUUCUGCCUUCAAAACCUUUCUUUCAACUCUAGCCACGCAAGCCAGUGUCAUUGCUGUGUCUAUUGACUACAGGUUAGCGCCAGAGCAUAAAUUGCCAACUGCAUAUGAUGAUUCACUUGCUGGGCUUCGAUGGAUCGCUGAGCACUCUGAUGGGAAAGGGCCUGAACCAUGGAUCAAUGAACAUGCAGAUCUCGGGCGGGUUAUCUUAGCCGGUGAGAGUGCUGGUGCCACCCUAGCCCAUUACGUGGCAGUCCAAGCUGGCGCUGCCGGAUUGGGUGGUGUGGCUAUAAAAAGGCUACUAAUAGUGCACCCGUAUUUUGGGGCCAAGGAGCCAGAUAAAUUCUAUCAAUAUAUGUGUCCAACAAGUUCCGGGACAGAUGAUGAUCCAAAGUUGAACCCGGCAGUAGAUCCGGAUCUGUUGAGAUUGAAGUGUGAUGCGGUGUUAGUUUGCGUGGCAGAGAAAGAUAAGCUUAAAGGCAGAGGGCUGGCUUAUUACGGAGCAAUGAAGAAAAGUGGGUGGGGUGGCACUGUGGAUCUUCAUGAAACUAAAGGGGAGGACCACUGCUUUCAUUUUUUCAAUCCUAAGAGUGAGAAUAUCGGGCCCCUUAUGAAGAAAAUGGUUGAUUUCAUACAGCUGAAUUGAUUUUUUUCUUCUUCUGAUUCUACUAUGGAGGGACAAGUUGGUGAGUUUUCAAUCUUCGCGCGAGAAGAGAAAAUAAUGGUUGAAUAAAGGCCGUUUAGCUGUUUGGAUUCUUUUACUUUUUCCUUUUUUUAUUAAAUGGUUGUACUUUUAUAAUAAUAAAUUGAUGUGUCAUUGUAUUUAA